GCUUUAAUGUAAAAAAUUUGCAAAUUGCAAUCAUUUCAACAAUGUCUGUGGAAGAAUUAUCCGCCGAGUACACCAACGGAACAAACGGUGGUUUCGAUUCCCAAACCGGAGUAUACCAUUCCCUUUUUAACCUUGGUGACCGUCACAAGAUCCCAACAAGGCCUAACCUUGACACUGCCACAUUUGUGUUGUCACAGUUCCCGCACCCUCACCUGGCCGAGUCGCGAGUUGCGCUCAUUGACUCGGCCACAAACCAGCGUGUCACUUAUGCACAACUUCAUCGAUCGAUACAGUCUCUUGCUUCAGGCUUGCACCAAGCACUUGGAGUUCAAAAAGGGGAUGUGGUGUUUGUGUUAUCACCAAACUCACUCCUAUACCCAACAAUAUGUCUGGCAGUUUUUUCAGUUGGUGCAAUACUAACUACUGCCAACCCACUCAACACCGGGUCAGAAAUAGCCAAACAAGUCCGCGACUCAGGUGCCAAACUCGCUAUUGCAUCACCUGAGGAGGUUCACAAGUUGGUCCCAACUGGUGUGCCUACAAUUGUAACAUCAAGGCCAUCAAAUGGUACUGAUAACUCACUCUCCAUUGAAGAGUUGAUUGAAUCCUGUGAUCCAAUACCGACCGAGUUAGCACUAGCACGUCCAACUCAGUCGGACACAGCAGCCAUAUUGUACUCUUCAGGUACAACUGGGACAAGCAAAGGUGUAGUUUUGACACAUGCAAAUUUCAUAGCCAUUAUGACAUUGCUCAAAUGGUCUGUGGAUGAAACAUCAGCUCAAGAUGAUGUGUUCUUAUGCUUCAUUCCUAUGUUCCACAUCUACGGGCUCGCUUUCUUUGCGCUUGGCAUGUUUAGCACAGGAUCCACCAUUGUCCUGAUGCAAAGGUUUGAGUUCAAGGCCAUGUUGGAUGCUAUACAAACUCAUAAAGUGAAUAAUAUACCCGCAGUGCCUCCGGUGAUUCUUGGACUAGUGAAGUAUGCAAGCCAAGCCGGGUGCAAGUUGUCAUCUUUGAGGAGGGUUGGUUCAGGAGCUGCGCCAUUGAGCAAAGAAGUGGUUGAUGAGUUCAGACAGAAGUUUCCUUGGGUUGAGUUGAGGCCGGGGUAUGGCCUAACCGAAAGUUGUGGUGCAGCAACUUUCUUUAUUUCGGAUGAACAAGCUAAGAAACACACUGGCUCAUGUGGGCAUCUGGUUCCAAAAUUUGCUGCUAAGGUUGUGGAUAUUGAAACUGGACAGGCUUUGGGACCGUAUAAGGAAGGAGAGCUGUGGCUGAAGAGUCCAACUAUCAUGAAAGAGUAUUUGGGGAAUGUGGAAGCAACUAUUGCUACUAUUGAUGAAGAUGGGUGGUUGAAAACUGGUGAUCUUUGUUAUUUUGAUGAGGAUGGACUGCUUUACAUUGUUGAUCGUAUCAAGGAGCUCAUCAAGCAUAAUGGCUAUCAGGUUGCUCCUGCAGAAUUGGAAGCAAUUCUCUUGAGCCAUCCUCAAAUUCUUGAUGCUGCUGUCGUACCGGUUGAAGAUGAAGAAGCAGGACAAAUACCAAUGGCAUAUGUGGUGAGAGCAGCUAGUACUGAACUGAUCACUGAAGACCAAGUAAUUCAAUUUGUUGCCGGCCAGGUGGCCCCCUACAAAAAAGUCAGAAAAGUUGGGUUUAUAUCUGCCAUUCCAAGAUCAGCUGCAAGCAAAAUAUUGAGGAAGGAACUUGUUGGUUUACAAAGCAAACAGCAAAUCGUCUCCAGACUAUAAUGCCUUUUCCUGCCGGCCAACUUCUUUCAUAGAAGAUAGAGAGCAAGAGUCAUUUUCAGAAAGUGAAACGUCUGAUGGACCGUGAGCAAACAUAUAUUGCUCACUAACCAAAUAUCAUUUUAUGAAUAUUCAAGCCUGUACGUAGCUAGGCGAAUGUAAUUUCUAUUCUAAGACAGGUUAGCUAUUGUAAACUAGUUUACAGGAUUUGAAGCAACAUAAUGAGAGGUCCUAAAGAUUUAUGA